CCACUGGCCACAUAUACAUACUUGAGAUUACUAUCAAAGAAUCUGAUCCAACACGUCUUUAAAAUCCAUGAAGAUGAAGACUGGGAAAAUAUUGUUGCUGCUUGUUUGUUUGAAAGCCUUUUGUUAUGCAGUGCAAGCUAGUAAAAGAGGUGAUUCAGAUGGAUGGGAAGGAGAGUUUUUCACUGGCAUUCCCAAAAUUAAAUAUGAGGGGCGUUCUAGUAAGAAUCCACUUGCAUUUAAAUGGUAUAAUGCAGAGGAGGAAGUCCUUGGGAAGAAAAUGAAGGACUGGUUUAGAUUUAGUGUUGCAUUUUGGCAUACAUUUAGAGGAACAGGAGGUGAUCCAUUUGGUGCACCAACCAAAAAUUGGCCUUGGGAAGAUGGCACCAAUUCAUUAAAAAUGGCCAAAAGAAGAAUGAGAGCAAACUUUGAGUUCAUAGACAAACUUGGGGUUGAUUUUUGGUGCUUCCAUGACAGGGAUAUAGCCCCUGAUGGACAAACUUUAGAGGAAGCUAAUGAAAAUUUGGAUGAAGUGGUGGCUCUUGCUAAAGACCUUCAAUCUAAGAGCAACAAGAAAGUUUUAUGGGGAACGGCUCAAUUAUUCAUGCAUUCUCGCUAUAUGCAUGGUGGUGCUACUAGUUCUGAAUUACAAGUGUAUGCAUAUGCUGCUGCUCAAGUGAAGAAAGCCAUGGAGGUGACACAUUAUUUGGGAGGAGAAAAUUAUGUUUUUUGGGGUGGUCGUGAAGGUUACCAGUCUCUUUUGAACACAGAUAUGGAACGAGAGCUUAAUCAUUUAGGUACAUUUCUUCAUGCUGCUGUUAGACACAAAAAGAAGAUUGGAUUUAAUGGGACACUAUUGAUUGAACCCAAGCCACAAGAACCUACUAAACACCAGUAUGAUUGGGAUGCGGCAACCACAGCUAAUUUCUUACGAAAAUAUGGACUUACUGAGGAAUUCAAACUCAACAUAGAGUGCAACCAUGCCACGCUUUCUGGUCACAGUUGUCAUCAUGAGAUUGAAACUGCAAGGAUCAAUGGGAUGCUGGGUAAUAUUGAUGCAAACACUGGCGACCCUCAAGUUGGUUGGGACACAGAUCAAUUUCUCAUUGAUAUUCCAGAGGCAACCAUGAUUAUGCUUAGCGUCAUCAAAAACGGAGGAAUUGCACCAGGUGGAUUCAACUUCGAUGCUAAAUUGCGGAGAGAAAGCACAGAUGUUGAAGACUUAUUCAUAGCUCACAUUGUUGGAAUGGACACAAUGGCUCGUGGCCUCAAGAAUGCUGCUAAGUUAAUUGAGGAUGGUUCCCUUGCUGAGCUUGUUAGAAAGCGAUACCAGAGUUUUGACACUAAGCUUGGUGCUCAGAUAGAGAAUGGUGAAGCUGACUUUGAAUUACUUGAGAAGAAAGUCAAAGAAAUGGAUGAGCCUAAAGUAGCUUCUGCCAAACAGGAGCUAGCGGAGCUUAUCUUCCAAUCUGCCAUGUAGAAAUAGCAUCUGCCAUUUUUAUUGUGUGGCUGCUGUUUUGCUUAGUAGUUUAGAAUUACAAUUGGCUCGCAAAUGC